GCCAAGCGCGGCGCAGCGACGAGCGUGUCACAGUGGUUUUGUGAGUCGGUCUGUUACCGCGCGGCGCAACAGGCAGGCAGCGAGACGCUACACCGGCAGGCAGCACCGCCGCCGACACUUUGUCCCCGAGGCGCAGCAAACCACGCGGCGCGAGCGCGACAUCGGUCGUGAUCAGCGGCUCACCGAGCACAUAGCGACGAGCGUCCAUCGCGCCCAGACCGCGCUCGACCGCCUUCAACCGCCGCGCGUACGCCUAGCCCGCCUAGUUUUUCGCCGCGCCGGUUGGGUCAGUGACUCAACGCGACGUGUUAUGGUGCGUUGGUGUGCGUUGUCUUGAGACUCGAAAGACCACCACCAGCUCCUUCGCAUUGUGAGAGCGUCCAGCGAGCACGCUUCGAGAGUGCCGCCGCCCUGCAAAUCGCCCGCCGAGGCGCUGCAUCAACGACAACGUGCUGCCUCUUCCGAGAUUGCAACAUGUUUAAAUUCAUUAAGCCUAAAGGACCGCACGUCACGGUCGAGCGGCAAAAGCUGCAGAAGGAGCUGUUCUCAUAUCGCAGAACGCUUCAGCAUGGCUUUCCAAACAAGCCCACUGCCAUGGCGUGGGAUCCAACCCUGCGCCUGUUGUGUGUGGGUACAGCAUCAGGGGCCAUCAAGGUUUUUGGAAAACCGGGCGUGGAGUUCUAUGGCCAGCACGCGGAUAACGUAGCUGUUACAAAGAUCACCUUCCUGCCGAAUGCGGGACGAGUUGUUUCGCUCUGCGAAGACAAUUCAUUGCACCUAUGGGAAGUGAAUAAGAACUCCUUGGUGCAGGUGAAGAGUCAUUCUAUGGAGGGCAAGUUGAAGCAGAUUAGCGCGCUUUGUGUUGAUAGCAAAGCCGAAAAUCUACUUCUCGGCACGGAAGGUGGCAAUAUUUACGUCCUGGAGUUGAAUUCGUUUGUGAUGUCGCAGGAGAUUAUUUACCAGGAUGUGGUGCUACAAAAUGCUUCACAUAAAUUAAAUCCGGGAGCCGUGGAGGUACUUGCCGAACGACCUGGCGAACCCGAUCAUCUUCUGAUUGCUUACAAUCGUGGACUUGUCGUUCUCCUCAAUCGUAAAGACUUUAGCGUGGAGAAGAAAUAUACACCCAGUCAACAGCUGGAGUCUGUUUACUGGCAUCGUGAUGGUCAAUCCUUUACUACCUCACACAAUGACGGUUCGCACACCACGUGGCAUGUCGAUCACGAGAACCCCGUCGCUGGACCCACCACUGAUUAUGGUCCAUUUGCUUGCAAGGCUAUCUUGAAGAUCGAACGGUACGAGUUGAAGGGCGAGCCGUUGAUUGUCUUCAGUGGUGGUCUGCCUCGUGCGAAUUACGGCGAGAGGUUCAACGUCACUGUAAUGAAUGGCGACAAGCACGUCGCGUUUGAAUUUACCAGCAAAGUGAUUGAUUUUGUGGUGAUUACCGCUGCCGACAAGGACGACUCGGAUGGAGAAGCAAAUGGGGAUGUUGCCGCUGGGGACCCCGAGGCGUUGAUUGUCCUCGCUGAGGAGGAGCUCGUCGCCAUCGACUUGCAAUCAGACGACUGGCUUAUGAUGAACUUGCCCUAUAUGGUACCUGUGCAUGCGUCUGCGAUCACCUGCAGCCAGUAUGUGUCCGGUGUGCCUGACGACCUUUGGAAUCAAUUGAAGGACGCUGGCAAAGCGCAAACCAAGCAUCUGUAUUCGUCGCGAGCAUGGCCGAUCGACGGUGGUGAGUUGUUAUGUUCGAAAGGGGAGCAACCUCGCCGAGAGAUGCUUCUCACAGGCCACGAGGACGGCACUGUGCGAUUCUGGGACGCAGGGACGGUCAACCUCACGCCCAUUUAUAAAUUCAGCACGUCACAGUUUUUCACCGGCGAGGACAUGCAUGAUGAAGAUUUAAACAACGAAGAUGAAGAAGAUUGGCCUCCGUUCAAGAAAAUUGGAGUCUUUGAUCCAUACACCGAUGAUCCUCGAUUUGCAGUCAAGCGUGUUGUGCUGUGUCCACUUUCCGGCACGCUGGUCGUGGCGGGCACCGCAGGUCAUGUGGUGGUAGCCAAAUUCGACACCGAGAUGUUGAUGGAAGAAGUGAGGAUCAGCACAAUGAACCUCGUCGGCGAACGCGACAGCUUUGUGUGGAAGGGUCACAGUGAGCUAGCACCGCGCAAGGGUGAAAUAACACAGAAACGUGGUUUCCAGGCGACAAGCAUAUUACAGAUUUAUCCACCAGCGGCAGUGACCUGUUGUACACUGCAUGCUGAUUGGGGACUGGUAGCGGCGGGCACUUCCCAUGGCCUGGCAUUAUACGACUACGUCAAGCAUAAACCUGUGACUGUGAAGUGUACUUUGAAUCCGAAUGACUUGAAUGGAGCUGGGGAUGCACCUAUUUCACGACGUAAGUCUUUCAAGAAGUCGCUGCGCGAGUCCUUCCGUCGUCUGCGCAAGGGACGUUCACAACGGCGUACUAGUAACACCACGACAAAUACCACCACGUCCCCGCCAGUUCGACGUCUGCCGGCGAGCACUGAUGAACCUAGCAAUCCACUGGAGGCCAAGCCAGUGGAACGGCAGAUUGAGGCGCGUACAACAGAUGACGGCAUGGGCUCCAUUGUACGCUGUUUAUACUUUGCGAGGACUUUCUUAAUCAACGUACAAAACACAGUACCAACCUUAUGGGCAGGCACGAACGCCGGUGCUGUCUAUGUCUUCACAAUAAACGUGCCCUCCGGCUCUAAGCGUAAUACGGACGACGUCACCUGCCAGCUGGGUAAAGAGAUACAGCUGAAACAUCGCGCGCCAGUUAUUGCCAUCGCAGUACUCGACAGCAGUAGCCGGCCACUGCCGGAGCCUUUGGAAGUAGAGAAGGGCAUCUCGCCAUUGCCGGAGACCACUCAACCGCAUCGAGUUAUCAUUGCCUCCGAAGAACAGUUCAAGAUUUUCACACUGCCAGCGCUGAAACCCUUCGGAAAGUACAAGUUAACUGCGCACGAAGGCGCCAGAGUUCGUCGCAUGUCGUUCGCGAACUUCUCCUGUAACUUGCCAGACAGCAACGACGUCCACAACGAGGUGGAUUUGCUGUGUCUGACGAAUAUUGGCGAUUGCUUCGUGCUUACCUUACCCGAUCUCAAGCGGCAAUUGAAUGCGGUUGUCGUGAGGAAGGAAGACAUAAAUGGAAUAUCUUCUUUAAUCUUUACGAAAGAAGCCGAAGCGUUGUAUCUGCACUCAUCUUCAGAGUUGCAGCGAUUGUCGCUCGCUACGCGACGAGUCACCUCGGCGAGGUGCUACCUUUCCUUGCCCGAGGCGGUGAAGGAGGAGCCCGAGGCCGAAACGCCUUCAGAGAUUGACGAAGUAGACGAGGAAAGGGAGAAGGAGGCACCGCUCGUCAAUGGCAAUUCUAUCGACAGCAAAGAGAACAGUGUGGGCGACAAGAUGGAGAACGGGGAGACGGACACGAUUCAUAAUUCAACUAUGAACUCAACUAUGACGAGCAGCAUUGGCGACAUCACCAUCGACAGCGUCAAGGACCACAUCAACGCACAUGACGAUUUGAACGCACGCAUGUCGGGCAUUACCAUCACCAAGACGACGAUCACAACGAGCAUGCUCAACCAGAGCGGGGAGGUCGUCACGAACACCACUACCACGACAACUACGACGGAGCAUCCCGAUGAUGUUGAGAAUAAUGAGACGGACGCACUUGAUGUUGAGCCGGGAGCAGUCGAGAUUAGAAGCCUGCAGGCAAAUAGUCAUGGAGUAAAAGCACCGCUGGCAUUGUCCGAAGAUCUCGAAGCUGAGAGUGGGUAACCAAUUGAACAAUGAUGAAAUUCCCCGGAUACAUACCCUCUAGGUAUACAUCGCACACGCAUCAACAUCAACUUCCCGAGCAACGCCUCGAACACCACGAGACGCAUACAAAUUCUUUGCCAUAUCAAUUAUUUAAUACUUAAGCAAAUUAUGGGAACAUGUGUGGAUAGUUAGAUUACGCUUAACUAACUGAAAGCUAGCAAAACCACAUUCGAUCUACUUAAAACACCUUCUUUAUUUAGGGAAACCUUCGUUUUUAGAUUAAUUAGUCGAUGAAAAAGUUUAUUACACUUUAAUUUACAUGAGUUUAAUUAAUACUACAACAAGUAGCAUAGGGCUAAGUAUGAUGGUAGCUUGCUAGGGUCAUCUAUUUUCCUAACAAAUCGCAAUUGUAACUUUUAUAUGACUUACUUAUAGGCGCCUCAACUUUCUGCAUCUGCAGCUACACGAUACGAUACACUAAUAAUAUUUAUACAAUUUUUAUACAUACUUACCGAUGAUAUAUAAGAUUUACACUGUUCUAGUGUACAAAUUGCGGUUGAUAUGUGAUCGAAGUUGAUGCUGUGUCACAACUCCGUUCAACUAUUGCUGGCGAAUAACGAUGGCGGUGAUAAUUAUGAUUGCAAGGCAGCUGAACGCAGGUACUAACUAAACUAUACAAGUGUCGUUUUAAUAUUAAGACGCUGCAAUUUUAUUCGAUAAGUAAACCCGUUUCACGUAAUGCAAAAAAAAACGAACGCAGGUAAUUUUUGUGCGUUCAUGUUUAGUCUACCCCCCCCCACACAUGACAUGUCAUGGCUUUCAAUUUCAACACUUAUUUCGCGGUGGAGGUUUUAGUUUUUCGUUUAUAUGCAUAUAAUUUUUAUUUUAUAUAAUUGUAUUCGUUUGUUGUCGUGAUCAAGUUGAUUUCGGUUUUUUUCAAGCUCUAAAAUUGAAAUUUUGAAGUAUUGAAAAUUGAUACACAUACUUAAUGACCGAACUUAUGUAUGAUGAAACUUAUGGCCUUAUAAUAUUAUCGAAAUGAUAUAAGAGAUGAUUACUUACAAUGAUAAUGUUUUAACUAUUCGUUAACUAUUUUACAUGGAUGCAUUUUUAUAUUAUAUAUAUUUAGCGUUUUUUAUCCACGAUUUUUUAAUUAUUACUUGAAUAAAAUAUAUUUAUACACUA